AUGAUGCAUUGGUAUCAACCCAGCCAUCUGUCCCUGCAACCUCACAAUAGUUAUCCUGAGACUUUGUUUGAUUACGGUCAAUGUUUGGAAAACCUACAAUUGUAUACCACGUACAUCUCGAACCAUGAAAGACCUCAAGUUCUCAAUCCAUAUUAUAUAUCAGAUGCAUUUGAAAUGUGUCAAGCAGCGAUAGACAAGGCAUCGCAUUUAAACAGGGAGGAAGACCUCAACGCAGCAUCGGUGUUGCUUACGAUAACUGGUCACAGUCUCUGGGAGGCCCAACAAAAACAAUUCCCUGAACCGGUAGAUAUUCAGGAUUACAACCAGUGGACGACUACCGAGAAUGACUCCAUCGGCUUCUGGCAAAAUUUCAAUCAUUGUUGGCUAAAGCUGGGAGGAAAUAUUUCCAAGACACUUUGGCAGACUACUCACAUGGACCGCAACGCUAAAGAGAGUCUGGAAGAGUGGCUGAAGCAACUAGCGGACCAUGUUAUCAAUGUAUCUGACUUUCUAGAGGGCUUUGGCCUGGUCGAUUACGAAAGAGGAAUCUGGGAGGACGACAUACUUUCUUGCUUUGAAGACUGCUUUGAGGCGUUGGAGCAGAUCGGUACAACCCCUUUCAACUCGCAAGGGUCAUAUGAUGGAGCUGGAGCUCAGAUAAUCCAACACUAG